UCAUGUCACGGUUCAUUUUCCAAGCAGUGGUUGACUGGAUGUGUUCUUCAGCUCUGAUCCAUAGUCAGGACCGUCUGACUUCAGCAGAGAAGGAAACGUCAGGAAACGUUGGUUGCUUCCGACCAACUUGAUUUCAACAUUCCAGCACAGAGGCAGUUCACCCCGCCCCCCUUCCUGGUUCAAAGGUCAUGCCAGUCCACUGCAAAGCUGUCUAAGGCAAUGCCUGUAACCCUGGUCCAACACUCAAUAUGAAUCCCAUAUGAAAUUGAAGAUGAAGUCAUCUACCUAACAAACGUGAAAAUACACCAGAUGUCCAUUUAAAAAAUGCUUAAAAGAGAAGAAUGCUAAAAAAAAGGACACCCGCAAAAUGACUAACUAAAUGAUGCAUUGUCUCGCAAAAGUAUUUUUUUUUAACUUUGUUUGAUUCAAUCGUCAGUUGGUCAACAAUAUGCUUUACUAUCAACUAAAUCGUUAUUAUAUAUAUAUAUCAUGAUUAUAUUUGAUCCCAUUAAACCAGAUAUUUUUUUCAGCUGAGCUAAAAGUAUUCAAUGAUUUGUCACCAAAUGACAGUGGGCGUGUCUCGCUGGAACUAUUGUGGGCGUGGUCUUUGGGCGCAGCUUCCGUUGUUGGGUGGAGCUCUCGAGAACAGGAAAUGUCAGAGAAAAGCUGCAACUUGGAAGCUCCGUGAGGCUAAUAAACUGCCAACAGAGACGGCGACAUGACGUUUUAUAUCACGAUACGGAGCAGAGAUCGUGUUAAAGGAAGUGAAGCGCAGCUGCAAAACGGCGGCUGGUAGACACGAGCCGAAGAUGCAGGCGACCAUCACACGGGUGUGCAUGGUCAUCACCGCCGCCAUCUUGAACCAUCCCUUGCUCUUUCCCCAAGAGAACGCCACCUCCGUGGCGGAGGAGGACCAGCAGCUGAUGGUGCGCAUGCGGGAGCACCAGGAGAGGCUGGAACGCGAGCGGGCCAAGCUGGAGGAGGAGCUGUCCCGCUUGGAGGAAGGCGUCCGUGAGGAAGGUUACGGCUGGCACAUAUGGAGCGCCGUGUCCUUUCUGGUCUUCUUUGCCAUUGAGAUGUGCAGGGUGGACGUGGGAGAGUCGGACGCGAGGGGAGUGGAUGACGAGCUUCCUGAGAGUGGAUCCGUGGACGCCAGCACAAUGCUUCUAGAUAAGGACACCCUCAGCAGCUUCUGUGACCAGAUCACGUACAGCGCCGCCCGGGACAAUGGGAGGGUGAGGGAGUUUGCCGAGGGCUUUGCUGACGACCUCCUGGAGUCGCUGAGGAGCGUCUGCGACCGAGAGGCGGACAUGGAGGUGGAGGACUUUGUCGGGAUCGGAAGCAUGUUCGAGUGCUGGCAGGUGUGCAAGCCUCCGGCGUGCGACCUCAUUGUGCCGUUCUCGCCUCCGGACCCGCUUUCCUUCCAGGUCAGCUUGUGGUGCGAGCCGUCCAGAGACACCCCCCCUGACAAGCAAGCAUGUGGCACCAUCCAGGUGGGCUUGUUCGGGGACCAGGAGGGAGGGUGCCUGUGUGGUUCCGCUAACCUGGGAGAAGACAUGCUGUGUCUGCUGCAUGCUAAACAUGAACCCAGCCUGGAUGAGCUGCUGGGCUCCAGAAGAACGUCCCUCCUGGCCAAAGAUCAAGUCAUGAAGUGGUUUCAGGUGUCCCUCACUAAAGCGUGGGGGCGCAUCUCCCACAAGUAUGACUUUGAAGUCACGUUUCGCAGCCUGGAUGCGGCGGGCGCCCUAAAGGUCCGAUUCCCUUCGGGGAAAACCAUCAUGGUGAACAUCAUACCUGCGGUCCAGCUGGUGGACACCGAUGCCUAUUUGGUUUCUCACUUCCCAUCGGACUGCCACGGACCUCAAGACCCCUUUUGGCCUCUUUCGCUGGCCAUCUACGAGAGGAACCUCCUGAAACACAUGACCAAACACCUCCCACAACGCUCCUGCCAUCUACACUGCCUUCAGGUGGUCGUCUUCCUGCACAGGAAGCAGACGGCGCUCACUGGUGACAACGCUUUGACCGACUACCACUGGAAGACCGUUCUUUUGCACCUGCUGCUGAUCAACAAAACGUCAACGUGGGCUGCUGACACAACCGAAUGCAGACUUCGGGACGUGCUCGAUUUCAUGCACCGCAGCCUCCGGGAGAAGAGACUUCAUCACGUCCUGAUAGGGAACAGAAGAGUACCACAAGAGGUCCAGCUUCCGCAGGUGAUCCGCAAAGCGGAUCCUGUCAAUCUGUUCCGGAGUUUGGUGUUGAGGAGGGACCGUUACGCGGCAACAGUGCGCCACCUCCAGGAGAUGAUGAGGAACGCGGCCAUGCUGUUACAAGAGUACACGCCACUCUUGUUUGAUGGAGCCUUUCAUGACUAAGAAUACAGCCUGUGGAACUAGCAUCUUCUGUUCUUCUGACCUACGUGUGUUCCACCUAAACCUUAGCGUGUAAAAUGUCUGUCACCUGAUGUCUAUCAUUGUCACCUGCCAAGCUUACCUGCGCCGGCCCCUCUUUCAAUGUCAUUCCACUUUUCUACCAUGCUUCACCCUGGUUCACCAUGCCUCACCCUGGUUCACCAUAGUUCACCCGGGUUCACCAUGCCUCACCCGGGUUCACCAUGCCUCACCCGGGUUCACCAUGCUUCACCCUGGUUCACCAUGCUUCACCCUGGUUCACCAUGCUUCACCCUGGUUCACCAUAGUUCACCCGGGUUCACCAUGCCUCACCCGGGUUCACCAUGCUUCACCCUGGUUCACCAUGCUUCACCCUGGUUCACCAUGCUUCACCAUAGUUCACCAUGCUUCACCCUGGUUCACCAUGCCUCACCCUGGUUCACCAUGCUUCACCCUGGUUCACCAUGCUUCACCCUGGUUCACCAUGCUUCACCCUGGUUCACCAUGCCUCACCCCGGUUCACCAUGCCAUAACCCUGGGCUCUCUGUUUGGAUUAUUUCUACAACAAUCUUGACAUUAUUUUCUUCCUUGUGUUAUUUUUAACUAUUGAAUCAUUUCUUUGGUUUGUGUCAAAUAGCAGAAAAUGUUGGACUAUUGGACUACUAUGGACUACUAUUGGCAACUUUGCAAUGUUUGGCUUCAUGUGCUGCUGGUUGUAAAAAAUGUUAUAUAAAUAAGCUCAUAAAUAAUUCACUCAUUAAUAAAUGGU